ACUCCCCGGCCGCCGACCCCUCGGGGCGCUGGGCCGCUCGCGCCGGCCGCUGCGUCCGACUCGGCCCCGCCAGAAAAACCGAAGGUGUAUCAAGGCGUUCGUGUGAAGAUCACGGUGAAGGAGCUGCUGCAGCAGAGAAGGGCACACCAAGCAGCCUCAGGGGUAACCCUGUCCGGAGGCAGCAGCGUCCACCAUGCAGACCCAGUCACACCAUCCUCUGCAGGGCUGUAUUUUGAACAUGAACCGAUUUCUUCCACACCCAAUUAUUUUCAACCCCGAGAGUUUCCUAGCUGUGUUUCCUGUGAAGAAAACCCAAGCUACCUCGAGCAGAUCUUGGAUUCCUGCCUACAGACGGAGACACACCUGGACCCUUUGCUAAAUUCCAUGCAAAGCUCUGCACACUACUUCCCCGGCAGCUGCCAGGAUGCCCCUUUUUGCUUCAACCAGAGCCUGACCCCAGCAUCGCCUUCAGAUUCCUCCACUCUCUCUGGCUCCUUAGACUGCAGCUACUCACCGGCUCAGCUACCCUCCUGUGCUCCUGAGAAUUACAACUGUCCUCCUUCUCUGGACACCAGAAACUGUGGCUAUGCCUCAGAAGACUACCCUUACACACCUUGGCCUUCGCACGCCCAGUAUGACUGCUUCCCCUCUGGCACCACCUCCAUCUGCUGCUGCACGUCCUAUGAGGCCGACCACCUGGACAGCACACGGCUGUCGGAGUGUUUCCCCUACCCCGGCACAGACUGUGUGGGCUUUGCUCCCUCAGCAGCGUCCGCCAGUGAUUUUUACACAAGGGAAACAAACUGUGACAUCUGCUAUAGUUAGUAGAAAUCACGUUACUUGAAACAUGGCAUGCGUGUAUCUAUUUUUCUACACACCCAAUGACAGCACACAAAACACAACCUGUUAACAGAACACCACGUUCACAGUGACACAUCACCAUUUUCAAUUUUCUGAACCCCAUUUAGGCGUGAAUAUGAAAUCCUCAGACCCCAUCAUAAUGCCACCCUAUUUUGUAUGCUUACAGUUAACAUUUUUGUAGGAAUAAUUCCAUUGUUUUACUUUUCUAUGUAACGAACAAAUUCUAAUUUUUUUAACUAAUAAAUAAUUUUGU